UCUCGAAGCAACAGCUGUCAAUCCGCCAUUAUCGGAAAGCAAAAUUGCACAUAUUCCACAUAUUCGCAUCACACACAAUUUUGCCUUAUUUUGUUCCGCGAAUUUUUGUCUGAAAUUGCCUUUUUGCUGUUGCCGGAAGCCAGUUAAUUUGUUGUGCGGGAUUAACCUUUCCUGAGCACCCCAGAUACAACAUAGGAUAGAAUAGUAGCGUACAGUUAAGUGUAAGCCUAGGAAGUAGCGGUGCUAGAGGAUGUCUCUGUUGGACGGUGAGCUAACGCUGUCGCACCGUACGAGAAAACGCGUCCGAGAUGUCAAACGGAAGGCUAGGCCAGAAUUGUCAGAUAAAACUGCUUGGGUUCAGCAGGAGUAUUACAGAAAAUUCGACCAGUUCCUUCAGUUCGAGGAUAACGUCGAGCGGAUCCAUGUGGAGAGCGUUAGCCCAGUGGAAUUUAUCGAACGGUAUGAGAAGAUUUACAAGCCGGUGGUUAUCGAGGGAAUACAGGAUACAUGGAAGGCUAAAUCCAAGUGGACUAUGGAAAGGUUGGCGAAAAAGUAUCGCAAUCAGAAGUUCAAAUGCGGCGAGGAUAACGAUGGUUAUAGUGUGAAGAUGAAGAUGAAAUAUUACAUUGAGUAUAUGGACAAAACGACGGAUGAUAGUCCACUGUAUAUUUUCGACAGCAGCUUCGGAGAGCAUCACCGUCGCAAAAAACUCCUGGACGAUUAUGACAUUCCGCUUUACUUCCGAGAUGAUCUGUUUAAACAUGCCGGCGAGGAACGUCGACCACCGUAUCGGUGGUUCGUGAUGGGACCUGCCCGCUCCGGUACGGGGAUUCAUAUUGAUCCGUUGGGAACAAGCGCCUGGAAUGCACUCGUUCAGGGUCACAAGCGGUGGUGUCUGUUUCCUACGCACACCCCGAAGGAACUUCUCAAGGUAACGGGUGCAAUCGGCGGAAAGCAGCGAGAUGAAGCUAUUACCUGGUUUAAUUUGAUCUAUCCCAAGACUAAGCGGUUGGACUGGCCGAGCGACUGCAAACCGGUGGAGAUUCUACAAAAACCGGGUGAAACGGUAUUCGUCCCCGGCGGCUGGUGGCAUGUCGUUGUCAAUCUGGACGAUACAAUUGCGGUGACACAAAACUUCUGCAGCAAAACGAAUUUCCCCGUGGUAUGGCAUAAAACCGUCAGGGGACGACCGAAGCUAUCCAAGAAAUGGCACAAAGUGCUUCAGGAGGUGGAACCGGAGCUGGCCAAGACCGCGACGGAAAUCGACCUCGGCAAAAGCACCGGCGUGGCGUCCGACAGUUCCAGCAACUCCAGCUCAUCGUCUUCCAGUUCGAGCAGCGACGAAAGCGAUACCGACUCGAACACCGACAGCGGCCAGGAGUCGCUGUCAGCCCACAAGACCAAGAAGCGCCGGAAAACGGCUGGCGGAAUGAUGGCCUGAUUAUUGCUUUGAGUGAUAAUGGCAAACCGUGGCGAGCGUGUCAACAGUUGGAUCUAUCCGUAGGUUGGGAUCGCCGAAUCCAGCAGAUUUUGUUUUAUUUUCUUUACCCGAGGAGUAAUAAUCAAAUAUCAAAGUUACUUACAAAGUUUGACUGCGACUUUUCUGAAACAAAAAAUCUUUGAUACUCUUUACGCGUGACUAUAGGUAUUCUAUUCGAAUUGGGAGUCCGGAGGGAUAGUGUUAACAGCUACCGUGCAAAAGAUAGCCAAGUAUUAUGACUAAGCUGAGAAUCAAUAGUGUUAUUAAUUUAUAUCACAUAGGAAAAUAAAACGAAUUAAACGAAUAUUUGUAAUUAGAUAAAACUAAAAACAAAGUUUGAGUGAAGAAUCAGUUGUAGCCAAAUAAGGAAAGCAAUAGGCAACUAUAAACGUGCGGCGGUUGAAAUAGUCAAUGAAAAACAGAAGCAUACGCAAUCACCCCCUUAUUAACCAUACUCUCGAUAGAAUAGAUUUGAACGGUAACCAAUUGAAGCCAGGAAUAGAACAAUUACAGAACAUUUCAUCUACUCAUAUGUACGGAAGAAUCAACCAGCGGACAAACAACAUGACGGUAUUGUGCCUUGAGUUUAAUGAGAAGCAAAAAGAAAUCGAUUGCCCUGCGGAGGAGUAUUUGAAACGAUCAGCCACUAACAAUAACAGUAUGAAAAAAAUAGGAUUGCAAUCAGGAAAUGCGCCGAAAAGAGAAGAAAAUAAAAGGGUGAAACAAUGAGUAAA